AUGGCAGCUAAGACGUUGUGGCUCCUUUCCGCUGCAGCUUUUCUGGUCGUCUCACUUUGUCAGGAAAAUAAUGCUGAUGAAACAAACCGAGACGUCAGAGAGUCCCCACUGUACAGCAAGUUGCUAGGGAGUAGCAUACGCAAGGUGUUGCCUCACAUCGGUGAAGAGUUGAUUCUUCCACCUGUCAAAGAAACAGCAACCAUUGAAUUCGGAGGCAUUUCUGGCUACUUCCCAGGUCCCUCCUUCGACUACGCUCCUUAUCUUCACUCUUUGCCUUUCGAUCCCGCGAAGUAUUCCCAUGUGCAGUAUGACGCAGAAUUCCCUUACCUCGAUUACAGUAGCCCACGUAUCGAAGAUGCACUGGUAGAGAGUCUUCUGUCGCACGGCCAUGUACCAACUUGGUCUCCUGGAUACGCAGGAAAAUAUCUGCCACAAGCUGAAAAGCUUUACGCAGACCCUAGCAAACUCCUACCUUUGCCCAUUUUGAACUAUCCCGGAUCCCCAUUAUACUCAGGGUUCGAAGGACCAUACUCGCCUGAGUACUCCAAUAUUCUAAAUCUGUUUAAGCACUCUGGAUAUUACGGACUCCCAUCUUCAGUAGAAAAUGUUGAAGAAAUCGUGAUUGAUAAGCCAAUCUCUGCUGGACUUUAUGGAUACCCAAGUCACUUGGCACUCCCAUCCGCAUUGGAAAAGUUUGAAGAAAUCGUGAUUGAUAAGCCAAUCUCUGCUGGACUUUAUGGAUAUCCAAAUCACUUUGGACUCCCACAUGCACUGGAAAAGGUUGAAGAAAUCGUGAUUGACAAGCCAAUCUCUGCUGGACUUUAUGGAUACCCAAGUCACUUUGGACUCCCAUCCGCACUGGAAAAGGUCGAAGAAAUCGUGAUUGACAAGCCAAUCUCUGCUGGACUUUAUGGAUACCCAAGUCACUUGGCACUCCCAACUGCACUGGAAAAGUUUGAAGAUAUACUGAUUGAUAAGCCAAUCCCUGCUGGACUUUAUGGAUUCCCAAGUCACUUUGGUCUCCCAUCCGCAUUGGAAAAGGUUGAAGAAAUCGUGAUUGACAAGCCAAUCUCUGCUGGACUUUAUGGAUACCCAAGUCACUUUGGACUCCCAUCCGCACUGGAAAAGGUUGAAGAAAUCGUGAUUGAUAAGCCAAUCUCUGCUGGACUUUAUGGAUAUCCAAAUCACUUUGGACUCUCACCUGCACUGGAAAAGGUUGAAGGAAUCGUAAUUGAUAAGCCAAUCUCUGCUGGACUUUAUGGAUACCCAAGUCACUUUGGACUCCCAUCCGCACUGGAAAAGGUUGAAGAAAUCGUGAUUGAUAAGCCAAUCUCUGCUGGACUUUAUGGAUACCCAAGUCACUUGGCACUCCCAACUGCACUGGAAAAGUUUGAAGAUAUACUGAUUGAUAAGCCAAUCCCUGCUGGACUUUAUGGAUUCCCAAGUCACUUUGGUCUCCCAUCCGCAUUGGAAAAGGUUGAAGAAAUCGUGAUUGACAAGCCAAUCUCUGCUGGACUUUAUGGAUACCCAAGUCAAUUCGGACUCUCUUCUGCAGUGAAAAAGAUUGAUGAAAUCGUAAUUGACAAGCCAAUCUCUGCUGGGCUUUAUGGAUAUCCUAAUCACUUUGGACUCCCAUCUGCACUGGAAAAGGUUGAAGGAAUCGUAAUUGAUAAGCCAAUCUCUGCUGGACUUUAUGGAUACCCAAGUCACUUUGGACUCCCAUCCGCACUGGAAAAGGUUGAAGAAAUCGUGAUUGAUAAGCCAAUCUCUGCUGGACUUUAUGGAUAUCCAAAUCACUUUGGACUCUCACCUGCACUGGAAAAGGUUGAAGGAAUCGUAAUUGAUAAGCCAAUCUCUGCUGGACUUUAUGGAUACCCAAGUCACUUUGGACUCCCAUCUGCAGUGGAAAAGAUUGAACAAAUUGUGAUUGACAAGCCAAUCUCUGCUGGACUUUAUGGAUAUCCAAGUCACUUCUGA